AUGGCUCAGAUCAACUGCACGCAGGUGACAAAGUUCAUUCUCGCGGGCCUCACGGAUCGUCAGGAGUUGAAGAUGCCCCUCUUUGUGCUCUUCUUAUCCAUCUACCUCUUCACAGUAGUAGGCAACCUGGGUCUGAUCUUGGUCAUUAGAACGGAUGCGAGACUCCACACACCAAUGUACUUCUUUCUUAGCAACCUGGCCUUUGUUGAUUUCUGUUAUGCUUCUGUCAUCACACCCAAGAUGCUUGGGAACUUCUUAUACCACCAAAACAUGAUCUCCUUCAAUGCAUGUGCAGCUCAGUUAGGCUGUUUCCUCACCUUCAUGGUAUCAGAGUGCCUGCUACUGGCUUCCAUGGCGUACGAUAGAUACGUGGCCAUUUGUAACCCUCUCCUCUAUACGGUUGUGAUGUCCCCAGGAAUCUGCAUUCAGCUCGUCACUUUCCCCUAUAGCUAUAGCUUUUUGAUGGCACUGUUUCAUACCGUCCUCACCUUUCGCCUCUCUUACUGUCACUCUAACACCAUCAACCAUUUCUAUUGUGAUGACAUGCCUCUCCUCAGGCUGACGUGCUCAGACACUCACGCCAAACAGCUGUGGGUUUUGGCCUGUGCAGGUGUUACUUUCAUCUCCUCUGUUCUGGUUGUCUUUGUCUCCUACCUGUUUAUUAUUUCCACCAUCCUGGGGAUGCGCUCAGCUGAGGGGAGACGCAAAGCCUUCUCCACAUGUAGCUCCCACAUGCUGGCAGUCACCAUAUUCUAUGGGACCCUCAUCUUCAUGUACUUACAGCCAAGCUCUCACCAUUCUCUCAACACAGAUAAACUGGCCUCUGUCUUCUAUACAGUGAUCAUUCCUAUGUUGAACCCCUUGAUCUACAGCCUCAGGAAUCAGGACGUGAAAAAUGCCCUGAAAAAAGUCAUCAUCAGUAGAAACCAUACUCUUGUGUUCAUAACAUUUCAAAAAUGA